GGCAGUGGGGGCCCCAUGAGGAGCAGUGGGGGUCGUAUGCGUCAGUGGGGAUCCCCUUGGGACUACAGAGCUCCCGCGGGGGUUGUGGGUGUCCCCCGGGGCUCGGUGCGCUUCCCCGUGGGCUCCGUGGGGACCCGGCGGGCGGGGACGGCCCCGCGGCUGUGCGCUCCUCCCGCCAGCAGGUGGCGCGGCGCGGCCCGCCCGGAGCAGACGAGAGGAGCUGUGUAGCGCAGCCGGAAGCGCCGCGUCACGUGGCGACACCCGGAAGCGAGCGGCGGGACCGGCGGCGAUGAGCGGCGGGGCUGAGGCAGCGGCGGCGGCCGGGGCUGAGGUCGGGGCGGAGCGGCGGGUCCGCAUCGUGGUGGAGUAUUGCGAGCCCUGCGGCUUCGAGCCCACCUACCAGGAGCUGGCGAGCGCCGUGAAGGAGGAGUACCCCGACAUCGAGAUAGAGUCCAGGCUGGGGGGCACAGGUGCCUUCGAGAUUGAGAUCAACGGGCAGCUGGUCUUUUCCAAGCUGGAGAACGGAGGCUUUCCCUACGAGAAGGAUGUAAGUACCCGGCCCUGCAGGGUCCUCGUGUCAGCUGGGCUGGUGGCUGCGGGCAGGUUUGGUUUUGCGGCGAGUUUCCCUGUGACCGGUUUUUCCCUCAACGUCUCUGUUUCAUCACUCACCGGCUCUGCCCACGCUCUGGCAAUGCCUCACGAUCCCAUCGGGAGUUAUUCCCCUUCCUGCCGCCCCAGCGGGACCCGCUCUGGGUCCUGCUGUGGUAGGGUGCGAGCCUGAGCCGCUGCUCGUGCGGGGAGAGGGGGGAAGGUUGCCCUGGCGUGGCCGUGAUUUGGCCCCGCAGCACUGCCUGACCCCCGCAUCUGAGUGCCCCCCGCUGCUGUGUCCCCCCCCCAAUUGAGCACUCCUUCCCCCACCAGCCUCAUGGUAAGGCCGGCCUGGAGCGUGACUCCCCCCCUCCUCCCCUCUGUCUCCUCAGCUGAUUGAAGCGAUUCGCAGAGCGAGGAAUGGGGAACCGCUGGAGAAAAUCACCAACAGCCGCCCCCCCUGCGUCAUCCUGUAGCCCUGUGCCCAGCUGGGAUCUCCCAGCACCCACCCGCCAGCUCCGGGCCCCCCUCGGCGUCCCCCCACUUCGCUCCUCGCUGCCUUCGUUAGCUCCCUGCACGCCCGGGGACAUCGGGGGAGCCCAAGGAUGUCGGGGGAAUGUGAGAGUGUAAGGACCCUCCUGGGAAAUUGGGGGCGAGAGCUGGGAUGGGCAGAGCUGUGGUACUGGUGUUGCUGGGGGGGCCGUUCUGGCCCGUCCCUGCUGUGGGGUGCAGCUCUGGCGUGGGGCAGCUCCCCGCCUGCCUUCGCCUUUCCCCUUCCUCUGCGCUUGCCUCCCCCACAGCACCCAGCAGCGUGGGGGGGUUGUUCUCCCCUUCCUCAGCUGCUGGGGGCUUGGGGACCCCCCGCAAACGCUCUGCCCAGCCCUCGGGGGAGCCAGGCCGGGCACUGGAGGGGACUUUGCAGCUCCAGAGUUCCCAGCAGAUUAAUGCAGAGCAAAAACCACUCGCUGUAAACUUUAGCGUGAUUCGUUAAUAAUUAAAGUCUCUCCUGUCACUGUUUAAACCAGUGAGAGGGCAGUGGGGACCAGCUGCCCCGGCCGGGCAUGGGAACCCCGGCUCGGCUCCGUCCCCACGGCCAAGAGGUUGAUUUAACGGCUGCGAGCACCCCCCACCUCCCCGUUCUCAGGCUCUUGCUUUCUGCCUGUAAUGACCCUGCCCUUCACCACAGGGCAGCCGAGCCGGCGGAGGGGCCCCUUAUUUAUUCUAUACUGUGUAUAAACCCAACAGCCCGGCGCUGAAUAAAGGACUGGAGAACGUGGCCCCUCUCGUGUGCCUCGAGCACAGGGGUGGGAUGCAGGCAUCAAGGUGCAAAAGCGGGGUUAGAUCAGGUCCCAUCUCCUGCCUGCCCUGCCCUUGGUCGGCAGCCAAGGGAUCAGGACUUUUACCCUCCAGGUACGCGGGUCCUGCCCUUCGCUGCCUCCUCGGGUGGUGGCAGCUGAGGCCGGGAGGGAAGGGACACGAUGGUCCCCAGGAGACGGAACUGGCUCCUCUCUUGUGACGGAGAAGGGGGGAACCACGCAGACAAGGAGAGUAGAAAAAAAAAAAAAAAAAACAAUGUACAAUUAUCAAAUAUACAUCUCGGUGCGAUACA